UCGAAGAUUAAGAGAUAUGAGCAAUCCUCUUGAUUUACCCCACGAUGCGUUUGUUAAAUAUUUUCGGAUUUCAAAGAACCUCUUUAAAUAUUUACUCAACAUAGUGGAACACAAACUAGGAGUGACCGUUGGAUCUUCAUCAGUGCUACCAAUAACAAAACUAUCGGCAGCAUUAAGAUUUUUUGCUGAAGGCAGUUACCAAAAAGGUGUAGGAAACGAUGUGUUCGCAGGAAUGGCACAACCCACAUUAUCGAAGACUUUGGCAUCUGUGAUUGAUAUUUUAGAAACCCAAGUUUGCCCGAUGGUCAUACAGUUUCCUAUGCAAGAUGCAGAAAAGGAUGCGAUAAAACUUGGAUUCUACGAAAAAACUGGAUUCCCAGGGGUAAUAGGAUGUGUCGAUGGUACCCACGUAAGGAUUUUUCCACCUCCUGCGGAUGUUCAGCAUCUUUAUUAUAACAGAAAAGGAUUUCACAGUUUGAACGUUAUGCUAGUCUGUGAUCAUAAACAGAGGAUCCGUUACGUGGAUGCUAACAAUCCUGGUGCUAACCAUGAUUCGUUCAUCUGGAAUAGUAAUCCAUUGGAUGGUGUGUUGAAUGCGAAGUACGAAAACGGCGAAAGAAAUACUUGGCUUUUGGGAGACGCUGGAUACCCUUUGAAGCCCUACUUAAUUACGCCAUUCCGUUCUUCUACAGGCGUGCCAAGCUCUCCAAUGCAGACAAAAUUUAACGAAAUACAUUCAAAAACAAGGUUGAUUAUAGAAAGAACCGUUGGCGUCUUGAAGAGUGUGUUUCGUUGCACACUAGGCGCACGGCAGUUGCACUACAAGCCAGAGAAAGCAGCAAGGAUUGUGAAUGUGUGUUGUGCUUUGCACAAUCUGAGAAUUCAAUUCAAUGUACCAGUAGAUGAACGAGACUUACUGCCAAUGAAUAAUAAUGAAAUCGAGAAUGCAACAUUUAAAGAAGUAAAUGACAUGUCAGUAAACGAUAUUCGUCAAGAAAUUAUGAAUUCCAUUGUUUGAUUUUUUGUGAUUACAGCCAUUACCGGCAUUCAGCAUAGUGUUUAAUAAUAAAAAUAAUAAAAUGUAAUUCGACUUUACCCAUUUCAUGAAUCAAUGACAUCUUAUUGGUUGUUAACUCUAUAGGUUCAAACGUAGUAGCCAAAAAUAAUGUUUAAUAGAAGAUGUGAUUUAAGAGAACUAAAUGCAAUGUAAAUAAAGGAAUUAGAAGCCAAAUUAAUCAUUCAAGUUUUAUUACGUUCAAUCCGAUUAUUUCUUGCAUUCUUCAAUCAUUAUCCAUUUACUCCUUCAUUUCUUGGCGUUCAAGCAGUUUAAGCUUCCUUUGUUUGUAUCUUAAUAAUUGCAUCUUGUACUCAAUUUCUUCCUGUCUUUGUUUUUCUUUUCGCAGCAUAUAC